GUGUGUGGGGGGGGUCAUAAUAUUAUUGAUCUUAUUUGGAGGGGGAAGAGGUGUGUGCGGUGUGUAAGUACGCACUGCAUCUGUUGGAUAGCUGCUCCUGGCAUUGCUAGCUGGGGAUUGGUUGUGGAUGAUAUGACUGGAUUGCAUGAAGGGGCUCAGGCUGUGUGUUGGGUGGGUUAUAUUACUAAUAUUAUUGAUCUUUUUGGAGGGGGAAGAUGUGUGUGGUGUGUAAGUACGCACUGCAUUUGUUGCAUAGCUGCUGUUGGCAUUGCUAGCUGGAGAUUGGUUCUGGAUGGGAUGGCUGGAUUACAUGAAGGAGCUCAGGCUGUGUGUUGGAUGUUGGACCUGUGUGUUGGACCUCACCUCUGAGGAUGCUUGCCAUAGAUGCAGGCGAAACGUCAGGAGGAAUGCCUCUAGAACAUGGCCAUAUAGCCCGAAAAAAACCCACAAGAACUUAGUGAUUCCAGCCAUGAAAGCCUUCGACAAUACAUUGUGUGUUGGAUGGGUUAUAUUAUUAUUAUUAUUAUUAUUAUAAUAUUAUUAUUUGGAAGGGGAAGAGGUGUGUGUGGUGUGUAAUUAUGCAUUGCAUUUGUUGGGUGGCAGUUGUUGGCAUUGCUGCUGAAGAUUGGUUGUGGAUGGGAUGGUUGGGUUGCAUGAAGGGGCUCAGGCUGUGUGUUAGGUUAUAUUAUUAUUGAUAUAUUAUUUGGAGGGGGAAGUGGUGUGUGUGGUGUGUAAUUACACAUUGUAUUUGUUGCUGCCUGCUGUUGGCAUUGCUAGCUGGAGAGUGCUUGUGGAUGGGAUGGCUGGAUUGCAUGAAAGGGCUCAGGCUGUGUGUUGGGUGGGUUAUAUUAUUAUUAUUGAUGUUGAUACUAUUUGGAGGGGGAAGAGGUGUGUGUGGUGCAUAAUUACACAUUGCAUUUGUUGCUGGCUGCUCUUGGCAUUGCUAGCUGGAAAUUGGUUCUAGAGUGGAUGGCUUGGUUGCAUGAAGGAGCUCAGGUUGUAUGUUGGGUGGGUUAUAUUAUUAUUGUUGAUAUUGAUCUUAUUUGGAGGGGGAAAAGGUGUGUGUGGUGCGUAAUUACGCAUUGCAUUUGUUGCUGGCUGCUCUUGGCAUUGUUAGCACGAGACUGGCAUUGGAGAAAAGGAGCUGUGUGGAAUGGAAGGGCUCAAACUGUGAGUUGCCUUGCUAUUAUUGGGUUGCUGUGAGUUUUCUGGGCUGUAUGGCUGUGAGAAGCAUUCUCCCCUGAGGCAUCCUCAGAGGUUGUGAGGAACCAUGGAGAGGAAGAGCUAAACAAGGUCCUGGACCACAUCAACAUCAUCCACUCAAACAUCCUUAGGGGUUGUGAGGUUGCCUGCUAUAUAUGCAGGCAAAACGUCAGGCCAACUGCAACAUUCACAUUUGCCUCAAACAGACAAGAGUCCUUUCUCACAUCCUGGACAUUCCACACUUGCCCCUGAGGAUGCCUGCCAUAGAUGCAGGCAAAACGUCAGGAGAUAAUAUUUCUGGAACAUGGCCAUACAGCCCAGAAAACUCAUAGCAACCCAGUGAUUCCUGCCACGAAAGCCUUCAACAACACAUUAUUACUAUUACUAUAUUUAUUUGGAUCCUGCUUUUAUGUGUAGGCUGAGAAGCAAAGUUGCAUGGAGAGGCUCAGGCUGUAUAUGUGUGAGAGAGAUGGGGAGACUUUACUGCUGCAGGAGGUGUGCCAUCCAUCCCUGCCUUGAAGUCAUUCUUGGAGAGAAGGAAUUGUCUCUUUGUCCUCCUGAGGAAGGGGAUAUAGACCCACUCCAUCCCUCUAUUCCUUGGAGAGAAGGGGCUGUAAUAAAACACCAGGGAUUGUCUCCUUGUUCUCCUGAGAUACAGACCCAAUGAGAGGUCCCCAGGCUCAUGCCAGCUUGUGUGUCCAUUUGGAGAGGCCAGCAGAGGAAAGGGGAUGGUGCUUUUGCUGGUGUUUGCCUCUAUGUGCUUGUUCCUGGUCCAAGAAUGUGUGGGACCCCCCUUUUCUCCCCCUGUUGCCUCUCUGCCCAGCUGCUUGCCCCUGCUUGCCUUUGCUGCCCUGCCCCUCCAUGCUUUUGGCUCCUGCUGCUCUGCCAUGGCUUCAGUCCCUUGCUGGGGCUGCUCUGCUCUUUCUCAGGAGCCCAUGCUCUCUCCUUGCCUCCCUUGCGGCUGCUGAGAGGCGACUUGCUUUGCCUGAGUCCCAGUCUCAAGGCUGUUGCUGCUUUUUCUCCCCUCUCGCCUCUGCUUAAAAACCUUUGCUGCUUUAAAGAGACAGAAGAUCUUGGGUGACCAAACACACACAGGCACAAACCACCCCCUCCAGGUGUUGGAGCAUGGAGCUGCUCUGGAUAGGAUUGUAGCUGGUCCAGAAGAAGGAGCAGGUUGUGAAAGGGAGCCGCAAGAAGUACUUACCAGUUGCAACAUGGACACAAGCAAGAAAACAGAACCCCCAGUGUCUGUGGAAACAGCCCAACAAAAGGCAAAUGUUGAGCGCAGUCCAAUACCAUCUGUUUAUAUACCGGAACAAGGUGGCUACAAAGAGAAAUUUGUGAAUGCGGUGGAGGACAAAUACAAAUGUGAAAAGUGUCGUCUCAUACUGUGCAAUCCAAGGCAGACAGAAUGUGGUCAUCGGUAUUGUGAGACCUGUAUGAAUGCUUUGCUAAGUUCCACAAUUCCAAAAUGUACAGCAUGUCAAGAAACAAUAGUGAAAGAGAAGAUAUUUAAAGAUAAUUGCUGUCGGAGGGAGCUUCUUGCUCUUCAGAUAUUCUGCAGAAAUGAAAAUAAAGGUUGCAGAGAACAACUGACCUUGGGACAAUUACUUACACAUUUGAGAAAUGAUUGUCUAUUUGAAGAACUACCAUGCCCUCGUGUUGAUUGUAAAGAAAAAAUCCUGAGGAAAGACUUGCCAGAUCAUGCAGAAAAGACCUGUAAAUACCGAGAAACAACAUGUAAAUACUGUAAAAGCCAAGUUCCAAUUAUUAUGAUACAGAAACAUGAAGAUGCAGACUGCCCUUGUGUUAUGGUUACCUGUCCUCAUAAAUGCAGUGUUUCGGCACUCCUGAGAAAAGAGUUGAAUGCCCAUUUGUCAGAAUGUAUUAAUGCCCCAAGUACCUGUAGUUUUAAGCGUUAUGGCUGCACUUUUCAGGGAACAAACCAGCAAGUUAAAGCACACGAAACCAGCUCAGCAGUGCAGCAUGUAGACUUAUUGAAAGAGUGGAGUAAUUGUCUAGAAAAUAAGGUGGCCAUGCUCCAGAAUGAAAGUUUGGAAAAGAACAAGAGUAUACAAACCUUACACAAUCAAAUUUGUAGCUUUGAAAUAGAAAUAGAGAGACAGAAGGAAAUGCUGAGGAGUAAUGAAUCCAAAAUACAUCACUUACAGCGGGUGAUAGACAGUCAAGCCGAGAAGCUGAAAGAACUGGACAAAGAGAUUCGUCCCUUCCGCCAGAACUGGGAAGAAGCAGACAGUAUGAAGAGUAGUGUUGAAUCCCUCCAGAAUAGAGUGACUGAACUGGAAAGUGUUGAUAAGACGGCUGGACAAGGAGCUAGAAAUGCAGGUCUUCUGGAGUCUCAGUUAUCGAGGCACGAUCAAAUGCUCAGCGUUCAUGAUAUUCGUCUGGCUGACAUGGAUCUCCGCUUCCAAGUCCUGGAAACAGCGAGUUACAAUGGAAUAUUAAUCUGGAAAAUCCGAGAUUAUAAACGUCGGAAGCAAGAGGCCGUCAUGGGAAAGACUCUGUCUUUAUACAGCCAGCCGUUUUAUACCGGAUACUUCGGCUAUAAGAUGUGUGCCCGGGUUUACCUCAAUGGAGACGGGAUGGGCAAAGGGACGCACUUGUCCUUGUUCUUUGUCAUAAUGAGAGGAGAAUAUGAUGCACUGCUUCCGUGGCCGUUCAAGCAGAAAGUCACCCUUAUGUUGAUGGAUCAAGGACCUUCUCGGCGCCAUUUAGGAGAUGCUUUCAAACCAGACCCCAACAGCAGUAGUUUCAAGAAACCCACUGGAGAAAUGAAUAUUGCUUCUGGCUGCCCAGUCUUUGUUGCACAAACCGUACUAGAAAAUGGAACCUAUAUUAAAGAUGAUACUAUUUUUAUUAAAGUCAUAGUGGAUACUUCGGACCUACCAGACCCCUGACAUACGCCAGAGAAGGAGAUUUCACAGAAGACACCUCCAUUUGGGGCUCUUUUUUAUAUCUGUCUGUCUUCAAUGAGAGGUCCCUAAAGCUCAGAGGGACCCUUGUGCUAACGGAACGAAGAGUUUGAAGGUAUAAUUGCAUAGGGUCCAAUGGCAAACAUAGCAACCCAUUAAGGAAUCAAACCAUGGUAUAUUUUCUAAACUAGUAGGAACAAGUCAAAUUCUGACGCGCCACUUAAUCCUCAUGAGGACAAAGAUUACAGUCUGGAAAAAAAAGAUUUUCAUAAUUUAUUGAUAGUUUAAUAAGUGGGAAGAAGAAAGACAAAGUAACCUAUGCUGAAUAAGACUUUUCUUCCUUUUUAACUAGAAACAAAAGUAAAAAAAUUCACACGUGGGUUAGCUAGAAACUGUCAGCAUGUUAAGUUAAAAAAAAAAGAAAUUAUGAAGUAAUGUUGCAGUUAAAGAUAUAUUAUUACUUUGAAAAUCUAAGUGCAAUCUUGUCUGUAAUAUAGUAUAUUGUCUAUUUUUAAGGCCUCACCUGGUCUCUGUUUUAAAAUAAUUACUUUGUCAGACCUCGACAAAAUGUCCAGAUCUUCUUGAAAAGCGUCUAAAUCAGAGUCAUAUUUUUGUUUAGAGUUCUAUUAAUUGCUACAGAAAACAUUUUAUUUUAAAACUGUUGAUAAGACUGAUAUUUCUUGGAAGAAAAAAAAAAGAUCAAAUGCAGGUUAUCACUUGUGAUAUGAAAAGAAAACUAUUCAACUACUGCUGUUAUUUCUCUUUAGAAAUGUAAACCUACAAUAUUAUGUCGUAGUUAAUGACACUAUUUCAAAAUUAAGAAAAAAACUAAUCACUCAUGGAUGCUGUGCAUCAUUAUCAGAUUUAUAAUUUUCACCCUAAAAUAGGGCAUUUGUUGAACUUUGGAGUUCUAAACGGAAUCCUGUAUGUUUUUAAAGUUCUGCCUCAUGCGCUCAGACCAAGCUCUUUAAAAAUAUAUGUGUGUGUGUGUGUGUGUGCGUGCGCGCGUGUAUAUAUAAAUAUAUAUAAUCUAUUUUUUGCUAAAGCAUAAAUGUGCAACAUGUUUUUGGUAUUUGAGAGGAGGCAUAGUGCUGAGUACUUACCUAUAUGGGGAAACUGCUCAUUCAUCCUCGACUUGGAAGUGACCGCAUCUUGACUUGCAGAGGACGUCCGCAAGGAGAAAGUAGUGUCUUAAUGGGAAAACGGUGGCUUGCAUGCAUUCAUGUGCCUUAGCUGUGAUGUGCUGCUUUAUAACUCAUAGCUUUGUAUUCAGAUUUUAAUUUCAGAUUCCUGAAAUAGUCAGUUUAACUGGACUUUAGGCAUAAUGUGCUGACUGGUCUGUAAAACCCACCGAUAUUUUGCAGCGUGCCGAAAAACGAAGCCUCGCCCCGUGCUUCUGGCUUCCCGGAGAGUGUGUCCAUUCAGUCUCAUGGAAUACUCUUUAUUCAGGUGCUAUAAUUCUUUUGCGCACAAUGCUCCUAUGGAGCCGGGACUUCUGACAGCACUCCCCUAUUUUCAAGGCAAUAGGAGAAGGGAUGUUGAUGCCAUUCUUAUAGGUAGCGGAGCUAACAUAAUUCCAGAUUGGCUCAAUUCAGAAUUGUGAGGAAAUAUAUGGACUGGUAGAGUAAUGAUGGUUGUCUUCUGGCAGACUGACAAGUAACCCCUGCUGGGGAAACCCACAGGAUCCUCCUAUUUAAUUGACUACCUGAGCUUUUACUAGGAAGCAUUUUCCAGUCUUUGAGUCAUCCUGAGUGCAACCCACAGAAUUUGUUGGCUUCCGUUUCAAUAGUCCCUUGUGCAAUUAGUCAAAUCAAAUGGCAUAGCUUGACUUUACACCAACCAUGUGGGUGCUGCUUCAAUUGCAUGGGUGCCGUGUAACAUGUAGGUGCUCCCCAAGAUUGGGCCUGUGGAAAAAGGAAUAAUGUGCCCUGUUCUUGAGCAACCUUGUUGUAGCCACUUGGCGUUCCACUUAGGUAGGGUAUUAUAGCCAGAGUUCAUGUCUAGGGCUCAGUUGAAUGUUCAUGUCUCUUGUAGUUAAGUUCCUUGCUCUUGCCAUUGUCUUUUAUGGCUGUGCCUUCCCACGCAGUGCCUGCCAGAAGUAUUUUUCUGUUAAUAAAUAUACAGUGCAUGCUGAGUGGUCCUCAUGGGUUUUUUCAGGCACCUGCUUGAAUUCUGCCUGCUUUUUUCUGGCAGCCAAAGCGUUCAGUAGCAACACGUCUUCCUCUUCUUGCCUUCCUUUGUUCAGGUACUGUAUGCUCUCUUAUGGUACUUUGCUGUCAACUGGUACAACUUAAUUUUACGAAGGCACGUGUUCGAAUUCUAGCCCUCGAUAUCAAAGGAAGACUCCCUGCCGAAGGUACCUGCGGUGCAGUUUUAUGCAGGCUGAUGUAAACCCACCACCUUCUGCUUUAGGAGAAAGAGUUAACUUGGCUUUAUGAUACUAUUCCAAUAGUCAUAAAUAUAGGCAGCUGAGCUUUUGUAUAUGCAUUACAGAAUUUUACUGAAAACAGGAUUCCCUAGUGGAAAUGUCCAAAGGGCUCACCUAUCCAUUGCUAAUGUGUCACAGAAAUGUUUAACGAAUGUGAUCUGCUACGAACAGUUUAUGUCCUAUUUGAAUGUGACGCUACGAGAGAAUAGUUGUGUUACAAACAAGGCCGUAGGCAGUGCAGUUGCCUUUCAAAUUAAAUCUUAUUAUUAAAACUCUUGAAAAUGUGAAUUGAGCAAAAUUCCCUCUAAUUUCCUUUCCUGGCACUCCAAAUGACUUGUAAGAACUGUGAGUUAUGAAGGCCACUUUUCAGAUGUGUUAACAGACAUGUUUUUAACCACCUGGGUUUAAUAAACACCCUCUGCUUUGAAAGGCCUUAAGGCAGGUGUGGGCAAAUUUGUGUCCUCAAUUGUUUUGGACUUCUUCAACUCCCACAAUUCCUAACAACCUCAGGUUGAAAUCCAAAACACGUGGAGGGAACAAGUUUGUCCAUGCUUGCCUUAGGGGCUCUUUCACAAUUGCAUAGCAACUGUGAUUCCACUUUAUCCACCAUAGCUAUAUCCUUUGGAAAUGGGGCCACAAAGUGGAGUCCAUGACAUGCGAGUGUGGAGAAGAGCAAACCACAGACCACCAAUUACAAUGCAGUCUGAGCCCUGCCACAUGCACAUUGCAGGACCUUUUUGUAGCAACACGAGGCACUCCAAGUGGCCAGCUACUGGCCAAAGAACAUUUAGUAUAAUGGCAAGAUUUUUUUUAACUUUGUGUUUUUUAAAAUACAUUACAAUUGUACCCUUGGCUUGCUCAUGAUAAUGAUAAAUAAAUAAAUCCCGUGGAAGCCUGUAAUUUGUAGUCUGGCCAAGAAUUCAAAAUACUCUCCCAAAAUUGUUAAUUCCAGGGUUCAUUAAUACAUACAUACAUACAUACAUAUUUAAAUUAAUAAGAUGGAGCCAUGGCAGUUAAAGUGGAAUUGUAGCACUAUGAUGUUUAGAAUUUAAGGACAUCAGCUCUUUAAGGGGCAUGUCAUCAUUACACAAUGAAAACACUCCUGAGAGAUAGCAGCCCAGCCUCUGUUUAAAAACUUCCAGGUGGGAAAACUUCACUGCACUCCAAAGCUGCUGUCUAACACAGUGGUUCUCAACCUGGGGUCCCCAGAUGUUUUUGGCCUACAACUCCCAGAAAUCCCAGCCAGUUUACCAGCUGUUAGGAUUUCUGGGAGUUGAAGGCCAAAAACAUCUGGGGACCCCCCAGGUUGAGAACCACUGAGUCUCUAACAGCUCUUGUCAGGAAAUUUCUAGUUUUUUUGGUAGAAUCUUGCCGUUUGAAUCCAUUGUUCCCUGUGUUAGUUUCUAGAGCAGUAGAAAACAAACUUGCUCCUCCUCAAUAUGAGAUUCUUUCAGAUAUUUAAACAUCUCAGCAAUCUCUUCUCUAAGCUAAACAAACCCAGCUCCCUAAGCCGUUCCUCAUUAAGCUUCUCUUUCAAACCUUUUAUCAUUUGAGUCACCCUUCUCUGUUCCAGUUUGAACAGAUCUGAACACAGUAUUCCAAGUGAGGUCUUACCAAAGCAGUGGUACUAUUGCUUCCCUCAAUCUAGGCCAGUGGUUCUCAACCUGUGGAUGCCCAGAUGUGUUGGCCUUAAACUCCCAGAAAUCCUAACAGCUGGUAAACUGGCUGGGAUUUCUGAGCGCUGUAGGCCAAAACACCUGGUGACCCACAGUUUGAAAUCCAUUGGUCUAGACACGAAACUCUUGAUGUAGCCUACAAUUUUUAUUUAUUUAUUUCCAGUAUUUAUUUUCCAUCCUUCUCACCCUGAAUGGGACUCAGGGCGGAACACAGAACAUACAUACACAGAACAUACACAACUUGACAGACAAUCAUACACAGACAAGAGGCAUAUACAUCGGCCUUCCCUAUCCUUCUGGCAUCCCGGAAGGUGCUGUGUUCGACUCCGGCCACGAAGAGUGCUGUGGUUCCAUCUCCCUGCCAAGGAGCCAGUCUGCAACCUCCUCCCUUGGAUUGAAUUGAUGGCAUUCCCUCUGGAUGCCUCAGAAUACCCCCCCCCCUCCCCACACACACACACACACUUUUUAAUGAGUGGUACCUAUUUAUUUAAUCACAUUUUUGCUUUCAAACCGCUAUGUGGGCAGAAUUACACUGGCUUUUUAAAGCUUUAGAUUGUGGUCUGCUAAGACUCCUAGAUCCCUUCCAUUGUCUUGUUUUCAAGCCAGGUGUCACCCAUCGUAAAUCUACAGCUGACAGCCUAAGUGUAGAAUCUUACAUUUCUCCCUGCUGAAAUUUUACUAAUUUUUCUGAGCUCUCAUCUGUUAAAAUCAUUUCUAAUUUGGAUCCUGCCCUCUGGGGUAUCAGUUAUCCCUUUCAACUUAGUGCAAUAUGCAGUUUUGAUAAGCUUGUCUGCUAUUCCAUUGUCUAAGUCAGCGGUUCCCAACUUGUGGGUCCCCAGAUGUUUUGACCUUCAACUUCCAGAAAUCCUAACAGUUGGUAAACUGACUGGGGUUUCUAGGCGUUAUGGGCCAAAACACCUGGGGACCCACAGUUUGAAAACUACUGAACUAAGUUAUUGAUAAAGCUAGUGAGAUGAUGUCUAUAAAUGCAGUUAUGCCUAACUAGGAAAUAGGGAAGGAAGCAAGAAUCAGAUUUAUUCCUCAAUGUUUAUUGUGAACUACCGAUUUAUAAAAUAGACCUUUCAGUGACAUCUUUUGUCUCUCCUUAUUUGAGGUGAUGGAGUGGUUGCAGCCCUUCUGCUGUUGCGCUGCACUGAAGUUAUUUAGUCCUCUAGUAUUUUGUCUUUCAAGGCAGCUGCACAGAAUUCAUUGUUUGAGUACAAGUUGUGUCCAUUGAUCUUUGAGGACCUCUUUAACAAAGCACAAUAUCAAUGCUGCUGUUCUUCGUUCCCCAUACUAGACGUCCAAGGAGCUUUUGUUUCUUACGUGUAACAAAGCACUUUAGUCUGCAUAUGUGUCUACCUUAUGGGGUUACCUUUUGAAAAGUCUCACAUCCAAACAGGAUUAAACUGUUCCAGUGCCUAAGAUCAAAGUGUGAUCCUCCUGCAUGAUUGUGUUUGCAUCUGUUGAUUUCAUUUCAGCUACUGUUGACACCACUGUUUAGAGAAGCUUACAUGCAGCAUUGAUUUCCAGCCUUAUACUGUAACUUUCAUUAAUCUUGAGUACAAUGUAGAGUAAGCCUGGGUGGGAGGGA